AUGGGAGAUUCGAGGUCUGUAUCGGCGACGACGGAUUCGCAGUCGUUUCUCGGUGGAUAUGUGGAUGGAUUCAAGGGUUUCUGGGUGAAGAAGGUCUCAUUUCUGGAAAAUUACACGAGGUUCACGAAACGAGACACGCCUCUUCCUUCUUGGUCUUCCUCCGACGUCAACGAGUUUAUUGCCUCCGAUUCCGUUCAUGGACCCACUCUGAAAACUGCUAGGGAAGCUGUGAUGUUUGGUGUUACUGGAUCUGUAGUUGGAGCUGUAUCGACCGCUGCUUUUGCCUGGAAAUACUCCAAGAGCCCACAUGGUGCUGCAUUGUCGUUCGUAGGAGGAGGUGUUUUUGGUUGGACGUUUGGGCAAGAAGUGGCUAACCACACUCUGCAACUCUAUAAGCUGGACACAAUGGCGGCUCAAGUGAAGUUCAUGGAAUGGUGGGAACGCAAGAGUCAAGGAAGGUCUUGA